UUCAGAUUCAAGCAAAUGCUGCUCCCAGCUUGCUGUUAGUGUUAGUGUUCAUUUAUGAUUGUGUGUCAUCCCUCUUUUUACUCAUAUCUUUAUUGUUACAGCUCUGAUUUUGAUUAAUAAGCCGAUUAUAAACAUAUAAGGCUUUGACAUUGUUUGUACCCGGAUUGUAUGUUUGCUGUUAACCUUUGAAGGACCAAGGGCAGACCCGCGCCACGCAGAACUCACGGUCUGGAUGCUCGCUUUUGGAUUUGUGCCGCGCUUCGUACUUCAAAAAAGUUAUCGACUAUUGUCAGCGCGAAGCUGUUCGAGUUUCCAGUUGGCGAACAAUAUUGUAUCGAAAAUGGCAGAAGAUGGAGAUGCCGCUUCUUUCGUGCUUGAUGAACAUGCUAUGAAGAAAUUUUACGUGCCGCUGACUACUAAAGUGCCUUCUGCCGAAUGCUCUAAAGCUUUCGAGCUAUUGAGUGACAAAGAGAAACGUUAUGUGCAUUAUUGGUCCAAAGCAUCUUGGGUUGGUGGAUUAAUCACUUUUCUGCAAACCUCACCGGAGAGUCCAGCCAUUUUCGUUCUGCUGCAAAACUUGUUUCGCCACAGUAAACUGGAGGAACUGGAAAAAUUAGCCAAAUCGGAAUGUGGAUUUUCUGACGAUGAUUGGUUGGCUUUAAAGUUUUAUGCCGGUGGAGUGUAUCACAACAUGGGCAAUUAUGUGGGAUUCGGCGACACGAAACUCGUUCCGGAAGUGGAGAAAGAAAAGCUGAAGAAGUUAGUGUUUGCCAGUGAGGCAUCAUCGAAGAAAAAGGAGAUGAUCGACUUUGUAUGGAAACAGUGCGGUGAUCCUAUGUACGAUUUGGAGAAUCCGCGAAUUCGACAGCUAGGUUUGAAACCGGAGGGUAUAACCACGUACUUCUCAUGGAACUGUGACAAGCGAGACACUCGCCUUGUUAAGGACUUUUUGGAACAUUACGGGAUUGAUGCGUACAAUUCGCGAGUUUUUAAAACUCACCCGGAGGGCGGCUUACCGCGAUAUGAAAUUCGCUUGGCCAGUGCGACUGAAGGUGGACAUGUGGAAGUCGGACAGCUGAAAGCUAAUGGGGAGCCCAUCGAAUACAAGAAAAACCAAUAUGUUAUUACCACCGGUGACUACGCCCCGUUCAUGAAAGAGAUGAGCAGCUGUUUGAAAGAUGCCGUAAAGCAAGCAGCUAACGACAAUGAAAGGGAGAUGUUGGAAAACUACAUCAAGAGCUUUGAGACUGGUUCUCUUAAUGCGCACAAGGACGGAUCCCGUUUUUGGAUAAAAAACAAACAACCUGUCGUGGAGGGGUACAUCGGAUUCAUUGAAACAUACCGCGAUCCCAGUGGGCAGAGGGGUGAAUUUGAAGGAUUUGUGGCUGUUGUUGAUAAAGCGAAGAGUGCGCGUCUGGUCAAACUUGUUGACGCAGCUGAAUCGAUUAUUUCUAAACUUCCGUGGCCGAAAGAGUAUGAAAAGGAUCAGUAUCUUCGUCCUGAUUACUCUGAGCUGACUGUCGUUAGUUUUGCCUCCAGUGGUGUCCCUAUUGGAAUAAACAUUCCAAACUACGACGAGAUUCGGCAGAAUGAAGGGUUCAAAAAUGUCAGUUUGGGAAACAUUAUUGCGGCUGCUUUGAAAUCCCGUCCGCCCCAAUUUAUUUCUGCUGCCGAUCAUGAAUUGCUGACCAAACACGAAACUUUGGUCUUGGAGAUUCAAGUGGCUUUACAUGAAUUGUUGGGACAUGGUAGCGGCAAGCUUCUCCAACAGAACAAGGACGGAACAUUCAAUUUUCCUAAAGGGCUUGAAGAUUACGAAUCGGGAUCGGAAUGUGCAUACUACGAAGCUGGACAAACAUACGACUCGGUAUUUGGUGCAUUGGCUUCCACCUACGAAGAAUGCCGCGCUGAAACAAUUGCCGUGUAUUUGUGCUUGCUUCCGGAGGUGUUGGAUGUUUGGCAUAUUGCCGAAAAAGAUCGCGAUGAUAUUAUUUAUUGCAUUUGGCUUGCCAUGGCAGUAUCCGGAAUUAAAUCCUUGCCGUAUUACAUUCUGGAGCAAGAAAAAUGGGGACAAGCUCAUGCCCAAGGUCGUUUUGCUAUUUUGCGUGUGAUGGAAGAAGCCGAGGUGGUCAAGGUAGAUAUUGUGGAUGGAUCGGAUGGAAAACCGGAUUUGUUGGUUACUCUGAAGAGGGACCUCAUUAAAACUAAGGGGAAAGAUGCCAUUGAAAAGUUCCUGUCGCGUCUGCAGCUCUAUAAAUCUACCGCGCACUUUGAGGAGGCCUUUACAAUGUAUACGGAGUAUACUGCGGUCCUGAACAUGCCACCGCUGUCUGAGACUUUUGUCAAGUGGCACGCGAUUGCCGUGGACCGUCGAGUUCCAAGAAAUUUAUUGGUUCAAUCCAAUACUUUUAUCGACGAUUCCCAAAAUGUAACGAUCAAAUCGUACCCGCCAUCCAUUGAUGGUAUGAUCCAAUCCUUCCAAGAGCGCUACGAUCACCCGGAAAUCUUGGAGGAUGCCUUGCUGAAAUGUGCCGAACGGGACUCAGUUUACUUCACCGCAGCUGCCUUAUAAUCUAAUUUUCUUCACUUUUAUAAAUUCCUUCGUAGUGUGCAUCUUUUUUCCCAAAACUCUUUGGAAUAUUCCUUGCAUUUGACGAUGAUUUCAACUUUAAAGCUUUUUGAUUCAGGUCUGCCAUGUUAGACACUCCUGCUUUUAAGUGGAGUGAGCGCGUUCAACACAAUGAAACGAUCAAUACACGUGUAAA